UUUCCAUCCCACUCCAAACAACCCACCGUGAGCGGCAUGCAGCUCCCAGCAGGAUUCAGGCCGUCCGGACAGCCCGGGGGACAAGGCGGUGGACCAUCGCACGAAGAGCGUGAAGCGGCAGAGGCCAGAGCGAGGCAGCAGGAUGAGAUGAAGAGGACUAUGAUCUUGGCUAUGCUUGAGCCCGCUGCGAGGGAGAGGCUGUCGAGAAUCUCCCUCACCCGACCACAACUGGCCUCACAAGUAGAAACGAUCCUCGUGAAUAUGGGCCAGCAAGGGCAAAUCAGGGGGCAAGUGUCUGAUGAAGCCCUGAAGGGACUUCUGGAGCAGGUUUCCAACCCGCCACCCGCAAAGAACACACCGGCUGUGCCGACCUCGGCCAGAACAAAGACUCUUGGGAAGGGCAUCACUGUGCGUUCUGCUUCGUGCUCGGGAGCUCUCCAUACACCAGUCAAAGUGAUUGAAUUCGGCUGACAGCGAUGGUAGAUCCAGAGGAAGAGGGACGACUCUGACUCUGACGAGUACGAUCUGUAAGGCACAUGUAUAA